AUGAGGACUUUCGUCGUCGCUUCAUCAUCAAAACCAUCGUCGUCGUUUACGUCGAGAGCGUACUCCUCAACGCGUGUGAAUGCCACCUCCACGUCCUCUAGAGACAAAAUGUUUAAAACGACGAACAACUUUUCCUGCAGAAGCUUUUCGAGAGGAAGAUACCAACAACAACAAAAACAGAAUAAUAGAAGAAAAAAACGACUUAUUGUGACUCCCAUUCGAAGCGAAAUGGGCGAAGGAGGGGAGAAAUCUCCAGCGGAGUCUUCCACUCCGUACGAUUACGAAGGCGCGCUGUUAUUUCUCGGUUUAAAACCAGAGGCGACUUCGGAGGAAAUCGUGAAAGCGAAGAACGACGUUUUGGCGCAGUUCCCGGACGACGAAGAGAAGAGACAACAGGUGGACGCCGCGUACGAUGUUUUACUCUUGAGAUCGUUCACGAAGCGAACGAGUGGACAAGGCGUGGACGAGAAAGUAAAAUAUGCGGACGUCUUGACGCCGAUUCAAGAGAUUAAAAGAAACAUUCCGCAAGGCGUGAAGGACGCGUCGAGCGCGCUUCCAGGCAUGCCGGUGUUUGAAGUUGGAUCCAAAGAUAUUUUGACGCAAUCUGGCGUCGUGUUUGGCGCUUUGUUCCUUUGGGUGUUGGCCCAAGGCGUUUCCAAUCCACCAGGAUUUGAUAAUCCGCCCGGUUUACAAACAGCCAUCGCGGUGUGUGCGUCGAUUUACUUGAUGAACAAAAGAAACGUCGUCCUUUCGAGAGCGGUUGGUAUCACCGUGGCGAUGCUCACCAUCGGGUGCCUCGUCGGCGGCGGCGUCGAGAAUAUUUUGAGAGUUGAUAUCGUUCCGUUAGGUGGUCUUUCCAGUCCGUCCGCUGUUGUCACGGAGUUUGGCAUCCUCGCACUGUUCGUGGCGGCAAGUUCUUUGUAUUAA